AAAACAAUUCACUCCUCUCAUCUCUCUCACCGUCCGAUCUUCCCACAUCACAGAUCGGACAGCCCCAAACGCCCCCCUCUCUCUACACAAAACGUACGGUCAAUCAUCAAUCAUUCCUCGGAGCUCACCAAUGGCCAAGACGAAGACCAAGACCGUUACCUGAAAGGAACUCACGUUGAUGUCGCUAAGUUCGACGACGUCGUUUCCGGCCAUAGCCGGAGCGUGCACGAAGCUUGGCGAGUUUCCGGCGAGGAAGAGCAGGAGGCUGUGCUUGGACGGAGGGAGGCUUCCGAUACGGUCUGUUCGGGGCUCGGCGGAGCGGAGUAGAGAAGGUAUUGAUGGGAGAAGAAGAGAGGGAGGAGAGAGUGGAGGACGAGGAGGGUUCACGAGCCCGGCCAUGGAGGUGACCACAUUUGAUCAGAGCUUCCACGAGACCGAGUUCCCCGUAUGGGAGAAGAUCGGCGCUGUGGUCAGACUCAGCUACGGAAUCGGUAUAUAUGGUGCAAUGGCUCUAGCAGGAAGGUUUAUAUGCUCAAUCUCUGGAAUUGAUUCUAUGGGUGGUUUCCACCCAUCAUUAGAUGCCAUAUUAGGAGGACUUGGAUAUGCAGCUCCUCCAAUCAUGGCCCUCCUGUUUAUACUAGAUGAUGAAGUUGUGAAGUUGUCACCUCAUGCUCGUGCCAUCAGAGAUGUGGAGGAUGAGGAGCUAUGGAACUUCUUUUAUGGAAUGUCACCAUGGCAGUUUAUACUAGUUGUUGCUGCAAGCUCAGUGGGAGAGGAGCUUUUCUACCGGGCUGCUGUUCAGGGAGCGCUGGCUGAUAUAUUUUUACGGGGAACUGAUUUUUUAACUGAUGCUCGAGGAAUGGCGUCUCUGACUGGGGUACUGCCUCCUUUUGUCCCGUUUGCUCAAGCGUUUGCCGCCGUGAUUACAGCUGGCCUUACAGGUUCUCUCUAUUAUGUAGCUGCCUCUCCAAAAGAUCCUACGUAUGUUGUUGCACCUGUUUUACAAACUCGCUCUGGUCGUGAAGAUAUGAAAAAGCUCUUUGCAGCCUGGUAUGAGAAGAGGCAAUUGAAAAAGAUCUAUUCUCCCCUCCUGGAAGGCCUGUUAGCACUCUACCUUGGUUUUGAAUGGAUUCAGACGAACAAUAUUCUUGCGCCCAUUAUCACCCACGGGAUAUACUCCGCCGUAAUAUUGGGACAUGGCCUUUGGAAAAUACACGACCAUCGGCGAAAACUACACGAAAGAAUCGAGCAUCUUAAAUUAGAAGGAAAGAACUCAAAUAACUUAUGAAGGAACUGUACCAUGAAGAAUAGCCAGAUUGUGAAGGAAAUUUGUAUAUUAUAACAUAGAUCAUAGAUGUUUGUUAGUAGUGUAAUAUGGUACUUUUUAUACGAACA